GCACGAGCUGGAUGCUGCAAUCUGAUUGGACGGGGGGCGUGGCGAUUGGACAGAGACGGCCCCCCCUUUUCAGAGGUAAACAACUUUUCCAUCGCGACGCUCUCAAGGAACAAAACAACAGGACCCGGUUCGACCUUCAGAACUUCUCUUGGACCAGGUGAGGGAACAGACGGUGACAGAAGCGUGGAGAUGAUCGGGAGGAUUCUCUUCAACCUGCUGGGGAGCGGCGGGGACGACUCGGCGGACGACUGCUGCGAUCAGCUGACGGAGAUGGAGGACGAGGGCUGGGUGGUGGUCAACCUCACAGAGAACGCCGGCGCUUCGGCCCCGGAGGCGGACCCUCUGGAGAACCUGCUGAUCGAGCAUCCCAGCAUGUCUGUGUACCAGAUGAGAUGCAGAGAGGGGGAGGAGCCUCCCACCGACGAGGAGGAGGAGGAGGACGCCUCCAGGCCGGCCGCCGUGGCGCGGCGCUCCUCCUGGGGGAUGUUCCUGGCGUGGAGCGAGCCGCCGCUGGCCGUGCAGAGAUCCUGCAGCCAGGCGGACAGGAAGAGGCUGAGCCGCGGCGCCCUGCACCGGCAGAACCUGGCCAGGGUUCGAUUCUCGGCGGGGGAGAGACGCUACGGCCACUUCAAGCAGCCCUGCCAGCGCCUGUACAACUACUGAGCCCCGCCCCUUCCUGCUCUGGUUCUCUCAGGUUUCCUGUCGGUGCUGCACCGCCGUCCCUGUGCAAUAAAAGCAUCAGAGUGGAUGUUUGCCAGAAAGUGUGAGAAACGACGAAAAGGAGUGGAUUACUUUGUGUACUUUAGAUUACUUUAGUAGUGUAGAGAGUACUUUUACUGAGCGGAGAUGUGUUGAGCACGACCUUCUUCAGGUGUGACAACAUCUGAAUUCCUCACAGAAACGACUUUUAUACAAAAAUGAAAAAAUGAUUUUUAUUUGUGUGUUUAUAAAAA